AUGGCUACGUCGGAUUUUUGUAUUCCAGGUUCCUAUUGCGCCAGUCCCUUCUUCCUGAUCAAGACGCAACUUCAGGCACAGGCGGCCAAGCAGAUCGUCGUUGGCUAUCAGCAUCAGCAUGCCUCGAUGAGCGAUGCGAUAAGGCAGAUAUACCGGAAGAACGGCGUCUUCGGACUCUGGCGGGGAUCCAUGGCCAAUGUGAGCCGGGCUACGGUUGCUUCUGCCGUGCAAAUCGCCACUUUUGGCCAGGCCAAGUCUCUUUUGAAGGAAAACGGCUUGGACCAUCCCACGGCCCUGUCGUUCUGCUCUGGUUUAUCAGCUGGGUCAUUUGUGUCGGUGGCAAUUACUCCUCUUGAUGUGAUCACCACUCGUCUCUAUAAUCAGGAAGUGGAUGCCCAAGGUCGUGGGCUUUACUAUAAGGCCUGGCUGGACUGCGUGCUCAAGAUUCUGCGAUCGGAGGGAAUGUAUGGGUUGUACAAGGGCUUCUUUCCCAUUUAUCUGAGGAGUGCUCCCUACUCUACUUUGGUGUUUUUGUUCACUACUGAUCAAUGAGUACUUUAAAAGAUGAAAGCGCCAUUUUAAGUGUUCUCCAAAUUGUUUUUAAUAUUUGGAAAUUUGAUUUUUAAGAAAGAAAAAUGUAUAAUUAAAUAUUUAUUUAUUAAA